AUGGCACGAUGGCAGAUCCUAUUGUCUGAAUAUGACAUUGUGUAUGUGAGCCGAAAGUCGAUAAAGGGAAGCGCGAUAGCUGACUUCUUGGCAAGUCGAGCAAUGGAGGAAUAUGAGCCGCUGAGAUUUGAUUUUCCAGAUGAAGACUUGAUGUGUAUUUCCGAAGGUGAAUCAUCAAAAGAUCAAUCGUGGAAGAUGAGUUUUGAUGGGGCAUCGAACGCAUUGGGGCACGGGAUAAGAGCAGUCUUAGUGUCACCGGAAGGAAACUAUUACCCGUUCACUGCCAGAUUGAAUUUCUUCUGUACUAAUAACAUAGCAGAUUAUGAAGCUUGCAUCAUGGGACUUCGUGCAGCUAUUGAACGAAAAAUAGAAAUCUUAGAGGUGUAUGGGGACUCAGCGUUAGCGAUUUAUCAAAUUCGCGGAGAUUGGGAAGUGAGAGAUUCAAAAUUAGUCAAUUAUCGCGAUCUCGUGACGGAAUUGGUCAAAGAAUUCAAAGAAGUGACUUUUCAUUACUUCCUACGAGAAGAAAACCGGUUGGCUGACGCCCUGGCCACAUUGGCUUCAAUGUUCAAAGCAAACAGAGAAACUGAAAUAAUGCCUAUCCAAAUGAGCAUAUAUGAGACCCCUGCACACUGUUUUAGCAUUGAGGAGGAGUCAGAUGGACGACCAUGGUUCCAUGAUAUCUUGGAGUAUAUCAAGAAUCAAAGGUACCCCGAGCAAGCAAACGAGAAUGACAAAAGAACAAUCAGGAGAAUGUUGAUUAGAUUUGUUCUUGACGGGGAUAUUCUAUACAAAAGAGGAAAAGAUCAAGUGCUCCUGAGAUGCGUGGACGCUAUUGAAGCUAGAAAGAUACUCGAAGAGGUUCAUGAAGGAAUUUGUGGAACACAUGCCAGUGGUUUCACUAUGACCAGACAGAUUAUGAGACCUGGUUAUUUUUGGUUGACGAUGGAAAGGGAUUGCAUUGGCUACGCACGGAAGUGCCACAAAUGUCAAAUUUACGGCAAUAAAAUUCAUGCAGCUCCUUCGCCCCUUCAUGUCAUGACUUCUCCAUGA